GCAUUGCAUUACUGCCGCGCCCGCACUCCGCCCGUGCCCUGCCUGCCUGCCUGCCAUUUCUGCCGCCGCCCCCUCCUCGUCGAGCUCCCUCCCUGCUCCCCUCCUGAAUCGCGGCAGCAGCAGUCAAGGCAAGGAUUUCCUGGCUGCCUGCUCCGAAGGCCCGCCCGAACCUACCCGGCUCGGCCCCGAUGGGUUCGCUGGUGUCCUGCCUCUCCGACCCCUGCCAGUCGGGGAACGGGUCCCCGCCGCCGCAGGCGAGGCGGCGCUCCUCCACCUCCUCCCGCGGCCGUGGCGGCGGCGGCGGCGGGAGGGACUCCGCCAAGGCGUCCGUGACCAUAGACGAGGAGGCGCUGGCCGCGGCGGCGGCGCUCGUGCUGGGGCAGCGGGGCGGUGGCGCGUUCGAGCGGUCCGCGUCGGUGCGGUACGCGGCCAAGCGGCACGGCCAGGGCCCGCCGCUGCCCCGCAGCUGCAGCACGCGCCCCAGGUCGCUCGCUGACCCCGAGCUCCAGCCGCAGCAGCUCCUCGCCAAGGAUUUGAACACCAAGGAUUUGGAAACCAGCGUCAUUGUUCUCGUCCAUGGAGGCGGAUUCGGCGCCUGGUGUUGGUACAAGACUAUAUCGCUUCUUGAAGACAGUGGGUUCAGAGUUAACGCCAUCGACUUGACAGGCUCCGGGAUCCAUUCUUAUGACACGAACAAGAUUUGCAGUCUUUCAGAGUACGCUGAACCGCUUACGUCUUACCUUGAAGGCUUAGGUGAUGCUGAAAAGGUAAUCUUGGUGGCUCAUGAUCUUGGUGGUGCCUGCGUAUCCUACGCAAUGGAGAUGUUCCCAACCAAAGUUGCCAAGGCCGUUUUUCUCUGUGCAGCGAUGCUGACGAACGGAAACAGUGCCCUUGACAUGUUCCAGCAGCAGAUGGACACAAACGGCACGCUCCAAAAGGCGCAGGCAUUCGUCUACUCCAACGGCAAGGACCGGCCCCCGACCGCCAUCAACGUCGACAGGGCAUUGCUUAGAGACUUGUUGUUCAACCAGAGCCCUUCCAAGGACGUGUCGCUGGCCUCGGUGUCCAUGAGGCCCAUCCCCUUCGCCCCUGUGCUGGAGAAGCUCGUGCUCACCGCCGAGAACUACGGCUCGGUGCGGCGGUUCUACGUGGAGACCACGGAGGACAACGCGAUCCCUCUGCCCCUCCAGCAGAGCAUGUGUGGCGCCAACCCACCGGAGAAGGUGCUGCGGCUGAAGGGGGCCGACCACGCACCCUUCUUCUCCAAGCCGCAGGCGCUGCACAAGACCCUCGUCGAGAUCGCCGCCAUGCCGCCGGUCGGGGCUUCGUGAGAACGUGUUUGUUUAGCUUCCUUCAGGUUUUGCUGGACGGUGAGCUUGCGUGCGUGACUGUUGUACAGGCUGAGGAUGGUAUGGUCUGUGGCGGUGUGGCAACAAGUAGGGGCUCUAGAAUCUCAGCGUCGUCUCCACGAAGGCAUCCUUAUUCCUUCCAUUAUACUUAGGCUAUCCGCAACCGUUACCCCUAAAUUUUUCCCCCUA